CCGGCUGGCGGUGAGUUUGUCCGUGGUUAUAAGCCAUCGCACCGGCCUCGCAUCUUGGAUGGAGCAGCAUCAUUAAGCGAGCAUCAUCGUUGCCCAUGAAAUCCGGAACUUUGCGCGGGCUGCGACACCUGCUCUGGCCAAAGAGCAGCAGCUCGGAUGGUCCUCGACAGCUGAGGCCGACGGCCUACCUCGAUGGCUUAAGGGGAUUCGCGGCGUUCUUGGUGUACAUUCACCACCACGAGCUAUGGGCGCACACCCUGCACCAAUCUGCCAUCUUCGAGUCGGCUUGGGGCAACCAGGGCGAAUUCCAUUUUGCUACCUUUCACGGCAUCCGGAAUUUCUUCGUCGGCGGCCACAUGGCCGUGGCCGUAUUCUUCGUCAUCUCGGGUUACGUGCUGUCGAUGAAGCCGUUGUCGCUUGUCCAGGCCGGCGAGUACCUCCACCUCUUUGACAACUUGGCGUCGGCCCUCUUCCGUAGAUGGUUCCGACUGUUCAUACCCCUUAUCGUGACGACGCUUGUCUACGUCACUUCGUGGCACGUCUUUGGGUACUGGAAUGCGGCAUGCGAACCCAAAUCCACGCUCGGCGAGGAAUUGUGGAAUUGGUAUGUCGAGUUCAAGGGUUUCAGCUUCGUCUUCAAGGAGUCCAACUUAUGGGUCUCGUAUAACCCGCAUCUGUGGUCCAUCCCGCUGGAAAUGCGUGGGUCCAUCAUCGUUUACACGGCGUGCAUGGCGCUGGCGCGGGCGACAAACAAGGCUCGCUUGUUGUGUCAAUUGGCACUCAUCUUCUAUUUCCUCUACAUCGUCGACGGCUAUUACGGGGCCUUGUUCGUCUCUGGCAUGUUGCAGUGCGACCUGGACCUGCUCGCGAGGACGGACGGCGCCUAUUUCCCACGGUUCCUGCGCCGACUGGAGCCAUACAAAACAUUCAUCUACUACCACCUCUUCUUCAUCGCCAUGUACCUUGCUGGCGUGCCAGCGUUUAAGAACGAUAUGGAAGACUUUCGGCAGAACCCAGGGUGGUACUGGCUGUCGUACCUCAAGCCUCAGGCCGUCUUCAACAUUAAGUGGUUCUACCUCUUCUGGGCCGGUAACAUGAUUGUGGCCUGCAUCCCGCGCAUCGGGUGGCUGAAGAGGUUCUUCGAAUCGCGCUUCUGCCAGUUCCUUGGCCGCAUCUCGUUUGCGCUGUAUCUCGUCCACGGACCGAUCCUGAACUCGAUUGGCGACCGUGUCUACCUAGCUGUCGGCUGGACGCGGGCUGCGGACGACAGGCUCGGUCCGUUAGCCGGCUGGCAAAACAUCUUCCCGCUGCCCAAGACGGGACCGAUGGGCCUCGAAAUCGCCUUUCUUGUCCCGAAUCUCCUCCUGCUGCCGCUCACACUGUGGGUGGCCGACCUUGUCACGCGAGCGGUUGACGAGCCGGCCGUCAAGUUCGCGGCGUGGUUGUACAGGAGGAUGCUGGGCGGUGGGGCGCAGGAGUCGAAGCCUGUUGAGCUCGCGCCGCUGAUGAGAGUAGCAUAGGGGAAAGAGCGUACAGUACAGAUUGUAGUGUACAUCACGACAGGUGUGUGUGUACAGUAGUUCUGGUAUGAGCGUGUCCAUAAUGAUGAUGAGUCCACGUCUCCCUGCUUGAUGCAGGUG